AUGUGGUUAAAAGCAUUGACUUGGGAUGAGUCAUUACCGCAAGAUUUGUCUGAAUUUUGGUUGUCGUAUUAUUCAGAUCUUUCGAAUUUAGAAAAUUUAUCGAUUCCUAGAUGGACAGGUCAGGGAGAAGAGGUGAUUGAGUCAUCGAUUCAUGGAGGAAUUCAAGUGAGUUUGCUUGCGAGCCGAACAAAAGUAGCUCCAACGAAAACUUUAUCAGUCCCUCGUUUAGAGCUUUGUGGUGCACUUUUACUGUCCCAACUUGUAUCAUCAAUAAAAAAUGUUUCCUCAUUCGAAAAUUUGCCAACAGUAUAUUGGACUGACUCGACAAUUGUUUUAGCCUGGUUGAGAAAACAUUCUUCAACGUGGAAAACGUUUGUGGCGAAUCGAGUCGCUGCAAUUCAAUCGAUUGCUCCUGUCGAGUUAUGGAAACAUGUUAAAUCGGAACAAAAUCCAGCUGAUAUUGGAUUACGUGGUGUUCGAACAUCAGACCUAAUAGAAAAUCAACUCUGGUGGAAGGGUCCCACUUGGUUAAGUGGAGCAGAGGAUUCUUGGCCAGUUGAUCAAGAAAUGCCUAUUUUGGGAACAAAUCUCGAGUCUCGAGAUAAAGUCUGCCAUGUUGGAAUUGCUUCCAACACAUGGUUCGAUAUAUUAAUGACAAAAGUUUCCUCUUGGCCAAAACUAAUUCGAAUUGUCUCGUAUAUUUCGAAAUUUUUAGUUAUUAGAUUGAAAUUUGUUAUUCCUGGUUGUGAAACAGCAGAGAGUAUUUCAAUGGUUAGAUUUUGUCGUGAGAGUCAAAUAGUUUGUACUCGUUUGAUUCAACUUCAAAUGUUUCCUGUUGAAAUAUCAAAAUUAAAAGGAAAAGAAUUGUUACCAAAUUCGAAUUCGCUUAUCUCGUUAAAUCCGUUUUUAGAUGACAGAGGCAUUUUACGUGUUGGUGGGAGAUUGUCAAACGCUCCUCUCGAAUUCGAAAGACGUCACCCAGCAAUUUUGAAAAAACAUUCAGUUGUUGAAAAAAUUGUUCGACAUUAUCACGAGAAAUGUCUUCAUGGAUCAACGCAGCUUACAUUAAAUUUGGUUAGACAAUCAUUUUGGAUUUUGCGUUCAAAACAAGUAAUCAAGUCUGUUAUUUACAAAUGCGUCAUUUGUGUUCGAUUAAAGGCUAGCGUGGCUGAACAGUUAAUGGGAUCCUUACCUGUGAAUCGAAUUUUUCGCCCAUCAAGGUCAUUCGAACAUGUGGGAGUCGAUUACGCUGGUCCGAUAAAAUUAAAAAUAAGUAAAGGUCAUGGAAAUACUUCGCAUCCUGCAUAUAUCGCAGUUUUUGUUUGUUUUGCGACUCGCGCAAUACAUUUAGAAAUCGUGUACGAUUAUUCUUCGAAAUCUUUUAUCGCAACUCUCAAACGCUUCGUCGGUCGUCGAGGUUUACCGUCAGUGAUAUAUAGCGACAACGGAACGAAUUUUAAGGGAGCAUAUCUCGAAUUAACUGAAAAUUUUGAGUCGGUUAUACGUUGUCGAGAUGUUCAAGCAUUUCUCAUUAAUGAUCGAAUUCGUUGGGAAUUCAUUCCACCUGCUGCGGCACACUUUGGCGGCAUCUGGGAAUCUGGUGUUCGAAGUGUGAAACAACAUCUUCGACGAAUUCUGCUGGAUCGAACUCCGCAUUAUGAGGAGUUAAAUACCUUAUUGUGUCAAAUCGAAAUGUGUCUUAACUCAAGACUCUUGUGUCCUCUAAGUGACGAUCCUUCAGAUCUACGUGUAUUAACGCCGGGACAUUUUUUGAUAGGAGGAGAGAUUGUUGCUAUACCUGAAAAUUCUUUAUUAGAUUUAAAAGAAUCUCGUCUUUCUCGUUGGCAGCUAUGGCAGCAACUUCUCGAAUCUUUUUGGAAAAUUUGGUCACAAGACUAUUUGUUAUCGUUGCAGCAAAGAAAUAAAUGGAAACAAAAACUGGAAAAUCUUUGCGUUAAUCAAAUGGUUCUUUUAAAACAAGAAAAUCUACCGCCAACUAAGUGGCAAAUUGGUCGAAUUAUUUCUGUCAAGAAGGGAUCAGAUAAUCUUGUUCGAGUCGCAACUAUUAAAACUGCUUCGGAAACUUAUGUUCGCCUAAUAACAAAGAUAAUUGUACUACCUGUAAAACAUAAAGAUUAA